AUGGUGAAGUUAAGGACACACGGAUACCUGGUGACCAAAGCAAAUGCCAAGGAGUUUCUUCUUCAUGGCAUCAAGAGCUUGCAACAUGGAACAAAGUUUGAGAAUCCAGUAGUCAUUUCCGUAAGCAUCACUAGGGCUGCCACUGAUCACAAAUCCAUCAUAUUUAUGCAGAUUAUUGAAGUCGGGAAAAUGCCCCUCAUAGACUCUGAACAAAUCCCACAUAUCUCCCUCCUCCCCAAAGGCUUUUGCAUAGACGUUGUAAUACCCACCAUAGGCUUUCUUUAUAUCGUCAGAAUCAUGCAUUGCUUGCAGCAUGACUAA